GUGUGUGCGCGUGCGCAUGUUUUGGCUUUUUAUAUGAUUGUUUUCUCCAUUAAUUCUGGUCUGUGUUUGGGAGCUGAGAAAAUGGAAAAAAAGGAGCGGGUGCUACAUGGGAUGCUGUUCUGGUUUUCGGCGAGAACCUGUUCUCUAUUAAAUGAUUGGUUUUGCCAAAAUCGUUCAAUUGUUUAUUUUUUCGUUUGUUCAGUCAUUUUUUUUACUCUGUUUAGCUGCUGCAAAAAUGCGGAAAGAGAAAGAAAAUUACCUUUUUUUUUCUUUCUAAUGCCGGUUGGGGGGAUUCAUUUCGCUUACUUCCAUUUCAUGUUUCUUAUGCUCUCUUUGGUGGGCGAGGAAAGAAACUGAAUGAAAAGAAGAUGGGGAAGCUGCUGGAACUUGAACUGUUGCUUUGGAUCUCAUAAAAACAGCAAGCGGAUUAGCCAUGCUGUCCUUGUUCCAGAGCCAGUGGUACCAGGGGUUGCAGCCCCUGCUAAUGAAAACCCCGCACCCUCAACUGCCGUUGUACUACCCUUCAUUGCCCCACCCUCUUCUCCUGCAUCCUUCCUACAAUCUGAUCCUCCAUCUGCUACUCAAUCACCAGCUGGAUUACUGCCCCUCACUUCUCUUUCUGUCAGUACUUAUUCACCAGGUGGACCUGCAUCCUCUUUUGCCAUAGGUCCAUAUGCAUAUGAGACACAGUCAGUCUCACCCCCUGUAUUUUCUACCUUUACCACUGAACCAUCCACUGCUCCUUUCACUCCCCCGCCUGAAUCCAUGCACUUGACAACACCUUCAUCCCCUGAAGUGCCAUUUGCUCAACUGCUUACUUCAUCGCUUGACCGCACUCAUAGAAACAGUGGAACCAAUCUGAAGUUUGCAUUAUCCCAUUAUGAAUUCCAGCCUUAUCAACAGUACCCAGGAAGUCCAGGUGGCCACCUCAUAUCACCUGGAUCAGUGAUCUCAAAUUCUGGAACCUCAACUCCUUUUCCUGAUAGACGCACUAUACUGGAGUUCCGCAUGGGGGAGGCUCCCAAAAUCUUGGGUUUUGAAUAUUUUUCAACUCGCAAAUGGGGUUCAAGGCUUGGUUCUGGAUCUUUGACCCCAGACGGCGUGGGGCUUGGUUCAAUGCUAGGUUCAGGAUCCUUGACUCCGAAUGGUAUGGGGUUGGGUUCAAGGUUAAAUUCUGGAUCUUUGACCCCAGAGGGUGCUGGGCAGGGCUCAAGGUUGGGUUCUGGAUCUUUGACGCCUGAUGCUAUGUGCCUUGCUUCUCGAGAGAAUUGCCUUUUGGAGAACCAAAUAUCUGAAAUGGCGUCCCUCAUCAAUUCAGGGAAUGGAUGUCAAAAUAAUGGAACUGUAAUGAAUCACAGAGUAUCAUUUGAGUUGACUGGAGAAGAUGUUGCACGCUGUCUUGCUAAUAAACCAGUGGCAUUUAUUAGAAACAUAUCAGGAGCUUCACGGGAUGUAGUGGCAGAAGCCCCAACUGAUAGAGAAGGGAUAAUAACGGACACCAAAAAUUGCUUCGAGUUGUCAAUUGGAGAAACAUCCAAUGAAAUGCCUGAAAAAGUUUCUGAGGAAGGGGAGGAGCAGAGCUAUAGGAAGCAUCGUUCUAUUUCUCUUGGCUCGACCAAAGAGUUUAAUUUUGACAACUCAAAAAGGGAAGUGUCUGAUAAGCCCGCUAUUGGCUCUGAGUGGUGGGCAAAUGAAAAGGUAAUGGAGAAGGAAGCCAGGCCUGGCAACAACUUGGCUUUCUUCCCAAUGCUGCAACCAGGGGUCAGCUGACAUUCAACCUUGGCAACAUGGUUUAAACUCCACAACUUCUGAGGUAGACUUUGGAUGCUAAAAUCUGUACUUUUCACCCGGUGCAUAUCCGAUGGUAUUAGUAUGUGGAAGACGAGCCUGGCAAGUUAGGGAGAAAAGGAUUGACAUAGGGUUUCAAGGCAGAGGUGAGAUUACUGUUUUCAAAUCCCUUAUGACUCUAAAGUCUAAAGACAAGGGAGAAACUGAAACAGUUUGUUGGGAUCAUUGCUGUGGGUACACUAAUAGAUCAUUCUUUUCGGUACUUCAUUGCUGAUGUAUACUAGAAAUAUCAUUCACGUAUAGGUAUUA